AUGACAUGCUCCACCCUGGACCACCCGUCCGCCUCAAUCAAUGGGCUCAUCAACCCCAAACUGAACCUGCUUCUCAAGCUUAUGUGCGUGACACGCGCCGUCUUUCAAACCAUGGCGACGUGUCCGCUUGGACGUCUCAACGUCCAAGAGAAGACAAACCCGAUGAAGGAUGUCCUUGGUGUGGUUAUGCCAGGUGGCAUAUCAGAGCUAGACGUGAACGCAGUCCCCACCGACGAGCAGCUCCACGCCACCGCCAAGUACCUCCAGUCGAGGAACGAAGAUCAUGCCCCGAUGUCGUUCCCCGCCUACCAAGAGGAGGGUAGGACGGUCGCGGCGGUGCUGCGUGAUUUCCAGGCUCUGUUUGGCCCCGAGUACGACGAGGAAGUUCUCCCUGCCCUCAUCUACUACAAGUCCGGCGGCAGUGGCGACAGCAUCCGUGCAACCCGCCCCGCCAUUGUCCUGUCGGACACGCAGCUCGAGGCCAUGGGGUGUACACUGCGGUUGAGUUUGGCGAUCCGCCUAAAGCGCAUGAACCAAAGCGUGGGCGCCAACCUCCUCGGCGUGUUGCACCAGCAGCUCGGCACGAGAAAUCUCCGUCCGACUGCUGCAGAGGGCAUUGCCCACCGCUUCUUCGCUGGCGGUCGCCUCUCGAUCCCCAAACUCAUGGUCGGUCGCCCCGUCCCCUCCUUCCAUCUCCUUCCAUGGACAAACGAACCCUACGUCCUUAAGUGGCUCCAAGCAGACCAAGCCACAGCCAUUACGGCCUUUCAAUCUGCCUGCCAGGCCAAGAACAUCACCGUGGCUCAGGGCUGCCAGCUGAUGCGUGCCGGCGAGUUUGACUACGCCACUGGUUGGCGUCAGCCAGGUGACACCGGCUACGCGGACGCUAGCGAGGGCAUGGCGCUGAUGCGCAAAACUCUCACUCGUGCAAACGAGCUUGACAGUCGCGCUGCCGGCAGCGUCCGGUUCCUGUGGGAUGAGUUUGCCAAUUUUUUUGCCAGCGGCUCGGCGUUCGUGGCGGACAGCAAUGGCAACCCGGACACCGACGACAACAACAACCACCUCGCCGCGCUCCAACAGUUGCGCGACAGGCAAAAGUUCUUGUCGCCUUCCGACAUUGACCAGCACUUCCCCCGUCUUCCCCUCCGGCUGGUCAUGGUCUUGGUCGACAACUGGGACGCGAGGCGGAAGAAGAUAGCCGUGGCCCAGAUGUCGGCUGGCCAGAGCUCAGCCGUCUGA